AUGGCAAGUGGUGGUGGUCUGGCGGUCAUACCAAACGAUGCGGUCAAUGAGGAAAUAAAGAAAACUCACAAUAGCAAAAUAGAAACUGCACACAGCAGCUAUGGUGGAAGCCACAACGUCUGGCUAGGAGUAAAUGACAUAUGUACAGAAGGGGUGUACGAAACUUUUGAAGGUGUAAAUGCCACCUAUUUAAGCUGGAUGUCUGGACAACCUAAUGAUAAGAGUCUACCUGGCGAUUUACAGGACUGCACCAUUGCCCGACUAAGUGACAGCCUUGAUUGGCACGAUAAGGAUUCCCUCAACUGUCUGUGCUCCUCCGUAACUAAACCUAGGAACGAAACUGUUCCACUUGACCAGAUAACAGAAAAGAUUAAAAAGGAAAUGCUGAUUGAUGUGAAAACUACAUCAGCUUACAAACGAUCUCUGGUUUGUGCUGAAGACCCACGACCUUCCUCACAGUACAUUGGCGCCACUGCCGCCUCUAUGAUGGUGGUGAUCGGAUGUGCUAUUAUACUACCAGACCUUGGAAAGGUUGUCAUGGCAAUAGUGAAAUUUUUCUCCAACUGA